CGUACGAGGUGAGGUCCUGGUAAAAAAUCUCAAGAAAAUAUCAAAAUUUGAACUGUAAACUUGUCAUUUUGUCUUGGACUUCGUACGUAAAAUUUACUUCAGUUCUCAAGGAGCAAUUCCGAGGUUUCUGUUUGACUGAAGAGAUUGGUUUUUAGACAGCUUCRCAGUGAUAAAUUAUGGCUGUAUUCAAAGUGUGUAGUCCUGAUGUAACUUAUACUGAUGACUACAUUGAGAGUAAAUACAUCUACGACACAACUGAAGUGAAAAGUGAAAAUGGUACUUUAACUGUCCACCCAAGAGAGACKCACUACACCUUUCAGACUGASAUCAAAGUCCCUAAACUAGGAUGUAUGUUGGUAGGAUGGGGUGGUAACAAUGGUUCCACUCUCACAGCAGCUAUAAUUGCCAAUCAGAAGGGCAUGUCCUGGAACACCAAGGAAGGUUUGAAGAAAGCUAAUUAUGUAGGAUCAAUGACACAAGCGUCAACCGUAUGCAUUGGCACAGGAUCCAGUGGAGAUAUCCAUAUACCUUUUAAAGACCUUCUACCAAUGGUCCACCCUAAUGACAUUGUCUUUGAUGGAUGGGACAUCUCUUCUAUGAACAUCGCAGAUGCAAUGGAAAGAGCUCAAGUCCUUGACUGGAAUCUCCAGAAACAACUACGCCCCUUCUUGGCUAACAUGAAGCCACGUCCAUCAAUAUAUUGUCCAGACUUUAUAGCGGCAAAUCAGGUUGACAGGGCUGAUAAUGUGUUACUUGGUAGCAAACAAAGCACGCUUGAGCAGAUCAGAGCAGAUAUUAGAGACUUCAAAGAAUCAAAUAAAUUAGACAAAGUAAUAGUGUUAUGGACUGCAAAUACUGAAAGGUUCUGUGAUGUGACACCAGGUCUCAAUGAAACAGCUGAAGAACUCCUUGCUUCCAUAGCAAAAGAUGAGAGUGAAGUAUCUCCGUCUACAAUUUUUGCAGUGGCUAGUAUUUUAGAAGGGUGUUCAUAUAUUAAUGGAUCACCUCAGAACACCAAUGUCCCUGGUGUAAUUGACUUGGCAGAAAAACACAAAACAUUUAUUGGUGGYGAUGAUUUUAAAUCUGGACAAACCAAGAUGAAAUCAGUUCUUGUAGACUUUCUAGUCAGUGCUGGUAUUAAGCCUGUGUCGAUUGUGAGCUACAAUCACCUUGGCAACAAUGAUGGUAAAAACCUCUCAGCACCAAAGCAGUUCCGAUCCAAAGAGAUCUCUAAGAGCAAUGUAGUUGAUGAUAUGGUWGAGUCCAAUAGUAUAUUGUACAAUAUCAAAGGAGAAAAGCCGGAUCAUUGUGUUGUAAUCAAGUAUGUACCGUAUGUUGGUGAUAGUAAAAGGGCAAUGGACGAGUACACAUCAGAGAUCUUCAUGCAUGGCCUGAACACAAUUGUCAUGCAYAACACUUGUGAGGAUUCCCUUCUUGCUUGUCCAAUCAUCUUAGAUCUUAUUAUCCUAUGUGAAGUCUGUGAACGAAUCAAAUUCAAAGUAGAUGGYGACAAAGAGUACCAGUCAUUCAACAGUGUUCUUUCAAUCUUGAGCUACUUGCUAAAAGCACCUCUUGUUCCAAAGAACACCCCUGUUGUWAAYGCACUAUUCAAACAAAGAAGCUGUAUUGAAAACAUCUUCAGAGCCUGUGUUGGCCUCAAACCCCAAAACCAUAUGCUUCUUGAACACAAACACAGUCUUCCUGUUAGUACAAGGAAUGGUGUCAAACGUGGACACGUGGAGAUGGAUGAUGAUUUACUAGCAAAGAAGACCAAGGCUAAAAAACACAUUACAAAUGGAUUCGUAAAUGGAACAGCAAAUGGCCAUAGUACUUCGCCUCCACAUGAAUUAAAUGGUUAUCGAUGAAUAUUCCUUGAAGCCUCAAGUUACACUAGAGUCAUUACAAUAUCACUUUUUGGAUUGUGCGAAGUGUUACCAGCCAUCCAAAAACAAUGAAAUAUUAAUUUAUGGUUGAAACCCAUUACCAUUUUGAUCAUGUGACAUCUUAUUUUAUUAAUGGAACAAUAGAUUUUAGGAAAUAACAAAUAAAGCUGUCAAAUGACCAAAGUAAAUAUUAACCUAAUUAUUUGCAGUUUUUUUCCACACCAGUUAACAACGCUUCACUUUUUAAUACGCUAGUAUUAUAGCCAAUAGCAAGAUUAACAAAAGUAUUAUUACUUGAUGCACUUACAGCAACUAGCUGGUGCUUUGUGACAAUGCAACAUCGGACCAAACYUUUAAAGCGUUCUUAUUACAGUGACGGUAGUAAAAAAAAUUAAAGCUUGUUAUUUAUUUAUUCACAGAAUUAAUAAAUCAAACACCUGUUCCUAUGAAAACAUAUGUAGAAGAAAAGGAUAUUUUUCAUGAAAGUGAUGCUUUUUUUGAUGUUAUUAUUUUAGAUUUAACAGGAGUUUUUUUUACAAAGGAUUCAAAGUUACCAACUCUCCUUGAUAAUCUUCAGGUCUCCAGAUUCUGAGCCUUAUCUCUUGGUCUCCAAGAUCAAAGAACAGAAUCUGUCGGGUAAUAUACGUCACCAAAACAUUAAUCAAACAUCAUUUCAAAUUUAAGGAGAAGCAGUCUAUAUUCUGCUCUCCGGAUUUGAAAAAAAAUGGAUGAAACUCAUUUAUCCACAAUUUUUUUCAUAUCUUAAUAAAAAAUAUCCUUUUUUCCUAUUCAAUAAUAUUUAUUGCAUUCAAUAUCUAGUUGUACCAUUAUUUGCAAAAUUUGUGAGAUCAGUUAGGUUUAUUAUAUGUUUUUGAAAACAAUUGACAAUUAAAAAAAUUUAAAAAUAGUCUUUAUCGUACAGAAAAUAAUUAUUAGAUAUUUGGAUCAUGUUCAGUGGAAUUAUUUAAGUUAUUUGAUAAUUAUAUUUGUUGUACUAGGGUUGAUAAAUUCAUUGUGAAUGUAAAGAAAGUCUGAGACUGGUUGAUAUUGCAGAGUUAUUCAGUAUUUUAUAUGUUUAUAUUCAAUUUGAAAUCAAAUUGCAAAAUUUUUUCCAUCUAAAAUGGAGGUGUGGACAUGAUUCAGACCCAAAUAUUUUAGAAUAUUAUACAGUUUUGUAAUGUUUUGAUUGAUUUAAUCUAUAUGACAAUUCUAAUUUCAUUACAUUUUAUGUUGCAAUGCUUUGCAUUUAUAUUUUUUACAAUAAAACAYUUCUUGAACUGAAAAAAUGUAAAAUAUCUCUUUUAAUUAAAAUCAUGAACAAUCAAUAGUAAUAAUUAUAAUAAUAAUUAAUAGUAAUAAUUAUUAUUAUGAUUAAACUUGGAGUGUUUUUUUUUUCCACUUUACUCAUCUAUAGUUACAAAUUAAAGUAAUCAGAUGCUAGAGUGAGGUCAACUAGCCUCYUUUACAAACAACCUUAUUAGUAUCCUAAUGAGGGAGAAGGAAUCUAUGACUGAUACUACGUCUGCAAAAAAGGCUAGAGGUCAACCAACCCAUAAAAAAUAUUGUUUUCRUUCACUUACAGGUACUAGCCAGAUUCCUUAGCUACUUUAUUAAACAAACAUGAGAGAAAUAUAUAUUAUUUUGCAGCACAUUUGUCAGGAUAAGAAGCCUAAUAGUUUACACUUAUGGCAAAUUUGUCGUGCCAAAAAAA